AUUGAGGUAGGCGCGCCCCGACCUGAGACGGGUUGGGACUCGGCUGCGUCACGCGCGUGCUCUAAGCGCCCGGGGCCCCGCCCAGUGGCCGGCACAGCCAAUCGCAGCGCGGGAAGGCGGUGGGGGCGGGGAAGGCCGCCUGGAAACUUAAAUCCCGAGGCGGGCGAACCUGCACCGGACCGCGGACGUCUGCAAUCUGAGAGGCUUGUUUGCUGGGGGCGCCUGCGCAGGUGCGACGGCUGCUGGUUUUGAAACAUGAAUCUUUCGCUCGUCCUGGCUGCCUUUUGCUUGGGAAUAGCCUCCGCUGUUCCAAAAUUUGACCAAAAUUUGGAUACAAAGUGGUACCAGUGGAAGGCAACACACAGAAGAUUAUAUGGCGCGAAUGAAGAAGGAUGGAGGAGAGCAGUGUGGGAAAAGAAUAUGAAAAUGAUUGAACUGCACAAUGGGGAAUACAGCCAAGGGAAACAUGGCUUCACAAUGGCCAUGAAUGCUUUUGGUGACAUGACCAAUGAAGAAUUCAGGCAGAUGAUGGGUUGCUUUCGAAACCAGAAAUUCAGGAAGGGGAAAGUGUUCCGUGAGCCUCUGUUUCUUGAUCUUCCCAAAUCUGUGGAUUGGAGAAAGAAAGGCUACGUGACGCCAGUGAAGAAUCAGAAACAGUGUGGUUCUUGUUGGGCUUUUAGUGCGACUGGUGCUCUUGAAGGACAGAUGUUCCGGAAAACUGGGAAACUUGUCUCACUGAGCGAGCAGAAUCUGGUGGACUGUUCGCGUCCUCAAGGCAAUCAGGGCUGCAAUGGUGGCUUCAUGGCUAGGGCCUUCCAGUAUGUCAAGGAGAACGGAGGCCUGGACUCUGAGGAAUCCUAUCCAUAUGUAGCAAUGGAUGAAAUCUGUAAGUACAGACCUGAGAAUUCUGUUGCUAAUGACACUGGCUUCACAGUGGUCGCACCUGGAAAGGAGAAGGCCCUGAUGAAAGCAGUCGCAACUGUGGGGCCCAUCUCCGUUGCUGUGGAUGCAGGCCAUUCGUCCUUCCAGUUCUACAAAUCAGGCAUUUAUUUUGAACCAGACUGCAGCAGCAAAAACCUGGAUCAUGGUGUUCUGGUGGUUGGCUACGGCUUUGAAGGAGCAAAUUCGAAUAACAGCAAGUAUUGGCUCGUCAAAAACAGCUGGGGUCCAGAAUGGGGCUCGAAUGGCUAUGUAAAAAUAGCCAAAGACAAGAACAACCACUGUGGAAUCGCCACAGCAGCCAGCUACCCCAAUGUGUGAGCUGAUGGAUGGUGAGGAGGAAGGACUUAAGGACAGCAUGUCUGGGGAAAUUUUAUCUUGAAACUGACCAAACGCUUAUUGUGUAAGAUAAACCACUUGAAUCAUUGAGGAUCCAAGUUGAGAUUUUAAUUCUGUGACAUUUUUACAAGGGUAAAAUGUUACCACUACUUUAAUUAUUGUUAUACACAGCUUUAUGAUAUCAAAGACUCAUUGCUUAAUUCUAAGACUUUUGAAUUUUCAUUUUUUAAAAAGAUGUACAAAACAGUUUGAAAUAAAUUUUAAUUCGUAUAUAAA